AACACGCGUCACAGCCCCGUAACUCAAGGCAUGGAGAAGCAGAUAAAACAGCAAUUUCUGGAACCUUCGACGGAAUUCUCCAGACGCUGAGAAGAAACAUUGCGUCGGUUUUUUAAGACAAGCUAUGAAGCGCAGAGGAAGAAGACAAGUCGAAGCUUUAUCUGAAUCUCUGAGAGCAGAGACAGAAAAUUAGGCGAAAGUGAAGAAGCGGAAGAGAGAAUCGGAGGGUGGGAUGGGAGUGGAUUACUACAAGCUCCUUCAGGUCGAUCGCAACGCCAAGGAUGAUGAUCUCAAGAAAGCUUACAGAAAACUCGCCAUGAAAUGGCAUCCUGACAAGAACCCCAACAACAAAAAUGAGGCUGAAGCCAAGUUCAAGCAGAUCUCCGAAGCUUACGAGGUUCUCAGCGAUCCACAGAAGAGAGCGAUAUACGAUCAAUACGGGGAGGAAGGAUUGAAGGGUAAUGUACCGCCUCCUGAAGCAGGGGGGCCUGGUGGUGGAGCCACAUACUUCUCAACAGGGGAUGGUCCCACAUCCUUCAGGUUCAACCCGAGAAGCGCAGACGACAUAUUUGCCGAGUUCUUUGGGUUCUCGAGCCCAUUUGGUGGGGGCAGAGGAUCAAGAUUCUCCAGCAGCAUGUUUGGGGAUGAUAUGUUUGCCUCAUUCGGAGAGGGAGGUAUGCAUCAUGGUGGUGGUGGAGCAAGGAAAGCUGCUUCAAUAGAGAAUAAAUUGCCCUGUAGCCUCGAAGAGCUCUACAAGGGAACCACCAAGAAGAUGAAAAUCUCCAGAGAGAUCGCUGAUGUUAGCGGUAAAACGAUGAAGGUGGAAGAAAUUCUGACGAUAGAUGUGAAACCUGGGUGGAAGAAAGGCACAAAGAUUACUUUCCCGGAGAAAGGGAACGAGCAGCCCGGCGUGAUCCCGUCUGACCUCGUCUUCAUCAUCGAUGAGAAGCCUCAUCCUGUAUUCACCCGGGAAGGAAAUGACUUGAUCGCCACGCAAAAGGUCUCCCUGGCGGAGGCCCUGACAGGCUGCACGGUCAACCUGACGAUGCUAGAUGGUCGGAGACUGAGCAUACCGAUAAACAACGUGAUCCACCCGGAGUAUGAGGAGGUGGUGGCGAGGGAAGGAAUGCCGCAUCAGAAAGAUCCGACGAAGAAAGGCAACCUAAGGAUAAAGUUCAACAUCAAAUUCCCGACAAGAUUGACGCCGGAGCAGAAGGCCGGAAUUAAAAAGCUUCUUGUUGGGGCAUCUCAGAAACGGCAAGCUGGAUUUGGGGAUGUCUGAAAGCCGAACAUACUCUUGCGUGUACAACUCUUCCUUGUUCGUUGAACAGAUGGAAAGCCUUUUUUGACGAAUAGCAAACUCCCUUUUGUUUUCUUAGGGAAGCGUCAAAAUGAUUUCAUGCCCUUCUCUGUCAAUUCGUUUCCUUCCUUGUAAAUCGCUCAACAUUCGUUUAUCCAACUAAUUUAACGUUGGUAUACAUAUCUUAAAUAGAAACAAUUGGGGGGUUUAUAAAUAU